GUAUAGGUUCUCUGCUCUACUUUGAUCCCAUCAUCCAACAAGUUCUCACUAUCACAUCCUCUCUUCAACACUCCAGAACCCUCUUCAAACCAUCAAUCCACACAAAAUCAAAAUGCAGUUCUUCACCGCACUUGCUCUCUUCGGCGCUGCCCUCGCGGCGCCCGCUCCUCAGACAUCUGACUGCCCCAACCCGGCACACUGUGGAGGCGGUCCCAUCGACCCAUCCACAUACGAGAACGUUGACAUCAGCGAGCUCUACAUCCGCAAGAACAACGGCAUCCAGAACGCCUCUUUCAAGCUCACCGGCGACAAUGCCACCGACCUCGUUUGCGAAAUCGGUGCCGUUGCUGAGCUGCCUUCUGAGGUCGUCACCUGCGGCGACAGUGACUACCGCUUCGGCCUGACCAAGGGCGAGGAGUCCGAGUUCGGCCUCGCUAUCUACCACCAGACUGCCCCCUUCUCAGGCAAAUACCUGAUUGGUGAUGCUCCCACCUACUGCCACGCUGGUGGUAACGGCCCUGACGACUUCGUCUGCGCCCAGGCCGUCGACUUCCUCACCUUCGUCAUCGUUUGACCGAACUACCCCGGACAGUCCUAAUUCAAACGCUUCUUGUACAUACUUUGAACUUAGCGAUCAUUAUGAAAAGUCCUAUUAUAGGCUUAUGGAUAGUGUAAUUCAAUAAAUCAGCAUCAGACUUGGGGCUGCUGCCUUCAACGAACAGAU